GCCGCCGGUGUCCCGGAGCCGCCGCGCUAUGGAGCCGCCGGGCCCCGCCGGGGCGCCGGGCCGGCCCUGGGAUGAAGCCAAGGCUUUCUACGACAACCUCGCCCCCAAGAAGAAGCCCAAAUCGCCCAAGCCCGAGAACGCCAUCACCAUCGCCGUGUCCUCGCGGGCGCUGUUCCGCAUGGAGGAGGAGCAGAAGAUCUACAACGAGCAAGGGGUGGAGGCCUACGUGAAAUACCAGCUGGACCACGAGAACGAGCCCUUCCUCCCCGGGGCUGCCUUUCCCUUUGUCAAGGCGCUGGAGGCGGUGAAUACACAGCUGAGGGAGCUCUACCCUGACAGCGAGGAGCUCUUCGACAUCGUCCUCAUGACCAACAACCACGCCCAGGUUGGGGUUCGCUUGAUCAACAGCAUCAACCACUACGAUCUGUUCAUCGAGAGGUUCUGCAUGACGGGAGGGAACAGCCCCAUCUGUUACCUCAAGGCCUAUCACACCAACCUCUACCUCUCCUCCGACGCCGAGAAAGUGAGUGGGGCCAUUGAAGAGGGGAUCGCUGCAGCCACCAUCUUCAGCCCCAGCAGAGACCUGGAGGUGUCAGAGAAGCAGCUGCGGGUGGCGUUUGACGGGGACGCCGUGCUCUUCUCGGAUGAGUCGGAGCAGAUCGUGAAGGCUCAUGGCUUGGACAUGUUCUUCGAGCACGAAAAGGCUCACGAGAACAAGCCUCUGGCGCAGGGACCCCUGAAGGGCUUCCUGGAGGCUCUGGGGAAGCUGCAGAAGAAGUUCUACUCCAAGGGGCUGAGGAUGGAGUGUCCCAUCCGCACGUACCUGGUCACCGCCAGGAGCGCGGCCAGCUCGGGCGCCCGGGCCCUAAAGACUCUGCGCAGCUGGGGCCUGGAGACGGACGAGGCUUUGUUCCUGGCUGGGGCUCCCAAGGGGCCCCUGCUGAGGAAGAUCCGCCCCCACAUCUUCUUCGACGACCAGAUGUUCCACGUGGAGGGAGCCAAGGAGAUGGGCACCGUGGCCGCCCACGUCCCCUACGGCGUCGCCCAGAAGCACAAGCGGCCGGCGCCGGAGAAGCAAACCCCCAACAGCAAAUAGAGGAACUGGCUGGUCCCACAGCCCCUGGCAUGGACCUCACCCCGUGUGCCACGCUCCCACCGGGGUCCUGGUCUGCAAGGCAGAGCGUUUGUCCCGGGGGGACGUGAGUUUGUUCCCCAAGGGGAGCCGCGUCGGGGGCAUGGAGGGAGGAGGGGGCUGAAGAAACGCUUCCUUUCGCCUCUUUCAGUCGGGGAUGUCGUGGUGGUGCCCCUGUCCCUCGUGGGGCUGGGGGCUCCUCUGUGCCAGGCGUCCCCCGAGCCGUUUCCCCAGCUCGUCCACGCGCUCUGCGCUUGCUUCAGGCAAAAUCCCUCGAGGAUGGAUCUGCCUUGUGUGGACUCUUUGUGCCAGGCAGGUUUCACCUAUUGGCGUUUAUUUAAACCCCCAGGUAACUCCCAAAGGCUUUGACUUCCAGAGCAAAUGUUUAGGCUGAGCUGGAAAGUGGGGAGCACCCGAAAACCUUUCUUGCAGCUUUGAAACAAAAUGUCCCUUUUAACUAAAAUUAAACCACAGUAUUGUUCCUUCCCAGACUCAGCUUCUGCUCCCCAACCAGAAAACAUUCAAUAUCUGCCCUUUCACCAAGAUUUUGCCAGCUGAACAGCUUAAAUUUGGAAAAAGAGAAACACAUAUUAAAAUGAA